AUGGAAGGGAAAGGAAUCUUCUUGGUUGGUUUGCUUCUUUUAUCCGUCGCUGAUAUUUCUACAGCUCAAAAUUGUCCCAAGGGCUCUCCAAAACUCUUUGUUUUUGGAGACUCCUAUGUUGAUACUGGAAAUUGGCCAAAGAAUGUCAGGGGUCCAUGGAAAGAACCUUUUGGCAAAACAUUUCCUGGUAAACCAAAUGGUCGAGCCUCCGAUGGUCGUGUCCUUACUGACCAUAUAGCAUCAUUUCUGGGAAUAGAAUCACCUACCCCUUAUCAACUGAGAGAUACAUCAAAAAGUAUUCAACAAGGAUUAAACUUUGCAUAUGGAGGCAGUGGUGUUUUCCCCACAUGGGCGAAAGACAGCCUGACAGUCCAGAUCGAUCAGUUUGAACAGCUACUCAAAGAAAAUGUAUGCAGUCAAUGUGACCUUGAUAGUUCAGUUGCUCUGGUUUCUACUGGAAUCAAUGACUAUUCAUUCUAUUCUGCAGCCAAAAAAGGUUCCAACGAUGGACUGCCUGCUUUCACUGAAGGACUUGUCAACCAGCUCGCUGCAGACCUACAACGUAUUAAUCGUCUAGGAGUGAAAAAGGUUGUUGUAGCAACAUUACCAGUUAUAGGAUGCUUGCCUCUCCACAUAAUUCCACCAAAUUCAUAUCAGAAGUGCGAUGAAGAAUCCAACAAAAACUCCAAGAUUCACAACCAGGUAUUGCAGAAAGCAGUGGGAAAAUUGAACACUGAUGAUGGAAACAAAAGCACGUUUGUAAUUCUUGAUCUCUAUAACGCUAUGGUUUCUGCUAUUGACCAAUUCAGACAGGAUGCAGCAAAUACCGAGCACAAGAACCCAUUGCAGCCAUGUUGCUCGAAGACUGUUGAGCACAUAUGCUCAGCGGAAGGACUGUGCUCGAAUCCCAAGUCAUCUUUCUUUUUCGAUCUGGCACACCCUUCGGACAAUGGCUGGAAUGCAAUUUAUUCAUUUCUGCAAGGUUCUCUUAACAAUGAUCUAAGAGCUUGA